AGGCAUUUUGCACCUCCAUCCAUCCAUCAUGGAUAUCAUAAAGCACCCAAAGCCCCUCAAAACAUACCCACAAUCCCUUGUAGCAUCCAAAACGGUUGCGGAGGCCUCCCUCCACGUCCGCACUCCCGCAGAAUGGCAUCUUUACGGAUAUCCCUUUGCGGUAAUCUACGGGAUAUGGGUCUACCUUAACUUUUUCCAACAAGAGGCUAUAUUUGGUGGACCUGAGGUUGGAAGGUUGGCCUUCAUUCUGGUGGCCGCAGUACAUGCAUUGGCGUUUCUCGUUUGUCAAUGGAGCGUGAAAGCGAAUGCAAAGCUGACGUGUCGACAGGAGACCGAUGCUUACAAGGCGGGCGUUAUCAUGGUGAUUCCCACCACGCAUAAUGGAUCCGGCGCCAUGUGCAACAUCCAAAGAACUGUUGAUCCAAAGACCAAGAAGCAGCACUUGUACUUUUUCUUCCAGCAGAAGAAAUACGUCUACAAUGACGAGACUAAGAUGUUCGAAAAGCUGGAUUAUCCCACUCGUCAUGGCUAUAGCAUUGAGGAGUAUAGCCGAUGGCCGGGUCUGUCCACCGAGGAGGAUGUAAAGGCAGCCAAAGAUAAAUAUGGGCCUAACAAAUUUGAUAUACCGAUUCCCAAGUUUGGCGAGCUCUUUAAGGAGCACAUGAUGGCACCCUUUUUUGUCUUCCAACUGUUUUGCGUGGCUUUGUGGUUUUUGGAUGACAUGUGGUAUUAUUCUCUAUUCACCUUGGUCAUGCUGUUCGUGUUCGAGUCAACUGUGGUAUUCCAGCGCCUGCGGAACUUGCAAGAGUUCCGUUCCAUGUCCAUCAAACCGUACGCGAUCAAUGUAUAUCGGAGCAAGCGAUGGUCCACAGUUCAAACUGAUGAACUCCUCCCUGGAGACAUUGUAUCCAUUGUACGACAAAAGGACGAUUCACCAGUGCCUGGCGAUAUGGUUAUAAUAGAUGGUUCUUGCAUUGCCAAUGAAGCCAUGCUAUCAGGGGAGUCGACACCACAGCUGAAGGAGCCGAUCAGCGGGCGGGAGCCUGAAGAUGUAUUCGAUUAUAAAGCGGAUAAGAACAACAUACUGUAUGGUGGAACAAAAGUCCUUCAGGUGUCGCCUCCUAAGGAUGAUCAGCCUCUCCUCCCGCCGGACAAUGGUGCCGUCGCCUACGUUGUCCGCACGGGCUUUGCUACCCAGCAAGGAAAGCUCGUAAGAACUAUCGUUUACAGUACGGAACGCAUCACGGCGAACAAUUUGGAAUCAUUGCUCUUUAUUCUCUUCCUGCUGAUUUUUGCCCUGAUUGCCGCCUGGUACGUUUGGACGGAAGGCACGAAGAACGAAGAGCGAAAUCGGUCAAAGGUGUUGUUAGACUGUAUCUUGAUUAUCACGGCAGUAGUACCUCCAGAACUUCCCAUGGAGCUCUCUUUGGCAGUCAAUAACUCAUUGAUUGGCCUUGCACGUGCCUACAUUUACUGCACCGAGCCCUUCCGGAUUCCAUUCGCGGGUCGCGUUGAUGUGGCCUGCUUCGAUAAGACAGGUACCCUGACUGCCGAGAACUUGAUCGUGGAGGGAAUAACGGGCCUCAAUAGCGACGUAGAUCACUUAGCGAAACCCACAAACGUGCCACUUGAAACAACGCGUGUUCUGGCUGGGGCACAUGCGUUGGUGAUGUUGGAGGAUGGCAUCAUUGGUGAUCCCAUGGAAAAGAAUACUCUCGAGUCAAUUGAGUGGACUUUAACAAAGGGCGAGGUAGUACAUCCGAAAAAGGAUGUGAAACCGACUGGCAAGAGCUCCAUGCGAAUUCUCAGAAGAUAUCAGUUUUCCUCGGCUCUUAAACGCAUGUCUACGGUGUCAGUGCAGCAGGAUGGCGGAAAGGAGAAAUUGUUCGUCGCGGUGAAGGGCGCUCCAGAAACGAUUAAGACGAUGCUAACAACGGUGCCAAACGGUUAUGAUGAACAUUACAAAAUUUGGGCUAGGAGGGGCAAGCGCGUCUUGGCAUUGGGGUACAAAUAUUUGGACGAGCAUAUCAAGACUUCGGAAGUUCGCGAUCUGCAUCGCGAUGAGGUGGAAAGCAAGCUCAUUUUUGCUGGCUUCCUAGUAUUUGGCUGUCCAUUGAAGAAUGAUGCCGUGAAGGCCGUGGGAAUGCUGAACAGAUCAUCUCACCGGGUGGUGAUGAUUACAGGAGACAAUGCCUUGACUGCUUGUCACGUUGCCAAGGAAGUGGAAAUUGUGACGCGACCGGUCCUAAUUGCAGACACUUGGGACGAUGGAAAGCUUGCAUGGCGUUCCAUUGACGAGACGGUGUCCAUUGAGCCCCGGUUGGACAAAGCCGAAUUUGACAACCGUCUGGAAGAAUACGACCUCUGCUGCACGGGGCAAGGUUUGGUGCAGAUAGCGGGAACGCCGGCGUUUGCGGCACUUUUACCAAGAAUUUGGGUUUACGCUCGAGUAUCACCAGGACAGAAGGAACUUAUACUGACGGAAUUGAAGCUUGCCGGUUACACAACGCUCAUGUGCGGCGACGGCACAAAUGACGUAGGGGCGCUGAAGCAGGCACACGUUGGUAUCGCGUUAUUGGAUGGAAACGUGGAGGACAUUGAAAAACUAAAUGCUCGCUUGCGAGCUCGGAGACAGAAGCAAAUGCUGGAGCAACAGGCAAAGUUGAGGGAAAAAUGGGGUCUGCCGCCGUUGCCAGAAGAGCAGCAAAAAUUGUUGCAGGGACAGAAUGGACAGAAAAAUGAGGCAGCUGUGGCCACAAAAAAAGAGGAAAAGCCGCAGCCUAAAGAUGGCAAGAAGCCGAACGUCACAGAGCAAUUGGCGGCUGCUAUGGAGAUGAUGGACGACAUGGAGGGCGAUGUUCCCAAGAUUAAGUUUGGUGACGCCUCUGUCGCCGCUCCAUUCACUUCAAAAAUCUCCAGCGUCAUGAGUGUUUGCAACAUUGUACGACAAGGCCGAGCCACACUUGUCGCCAUGGUCCAGAUGUACAAAAUCCUUGCUCUCAACUGUCUCAUUUCAGCGUUUUCCAUGAGUGUCUUAUAUCUUGCUGGAAUCAAACAAGGGGACUGGCAAGCUACCAUCGCUGGUAUGAUGAUCACGGUGUGCUUUUUUGGAAUUGCCAAAUCGACAGCCUUGGAAGAGCUUUCGAAGAAGCGACCACAAUCGAAUGUGUUCAAUCACUAUGUAAUCAUCUCCGUCCUGGGGCAAGCCGCUGUCCACGUUGGGUCGCUCCUGUACAUUCAACGGGAAGCCAACUUUUACGCUGAAGAUUUAGACGAAGAGAUCAAGCUCGAUGCCGAGUUUUCACCCAAUCUCCUCAACAGCGGUGUAUACCUCGUUUCAUUGAUCAUGCAAAUUUCAACUUUCGCAAUCAACUACCAAGGAUUGCCCUUCCGGGAAAGCAUUAUCCAGAACAAGGCGUUGUACAAUAGUUUGAUGGCUGUGGGUGCGAUUGCCGUAGCGGCCGCAAGCGAGUUAUCAGAGGGAUUGAACGAGUGGAUGCAGUUGGUGCCGUUUCCAGAUGAGUUCCGCUACAAGCUACUGAUAACUAUGGCGUUGGACUUUGGUGGAGCGUGGGUAAUUGAACAGAUUUGCACAAAGUUGUUCUCUGAUAACCGGCCCAAAGCGAGCCUCUUCCCUCGAGGACACUGAACUUUAGACCUGCGGAUGGUGAUGGAUGUGGCAUGAGGCUGGGAUUAGAUUCAACAAGUGUACACAUUGUCGGAUAAUAGAGGAGGCAUUGCACGUAAUUUUUGGACCCUUCACCGGACAAAUUCAGAAUUCAACGCCCUAGAAUGUAGGGUUUCCCUUAACAAUAAAUGAGCUUUGAUGAUUGAAUAAUCUAUAGAACAGAAUGAAGACUACUAUUUACAGA